AUGAUACUUUUUGCAAUGCUAGCAUAUUAUCUCAUUUUUCUAAUAGUGCUGAACACGAAUCUCUUGGGUAUAUAUUGGCUGAGUACGCUGAUGAAUUGGGCUGUAAUGGUGAAACGUAACGGUGCCGUAUUUAUUCUGUUGAAUAAAGUGUCCAACUAUCUUGUCGGUGUUGUUAACGCUUCGGCCUAUUUCGUUAUGUUCACCACAUUGUUUCUAAAAGGAGUUUUGACUUUUAAGAAGAAUAACGAGAUUAAAAUGACGGUACAGGAGAAUGAAGAUGAUUCUGAAGAGUUUCUUGCUCCUGUGGAAACUCUUCCGACAAUUUCUUGGCAUUCCUGUUACAAUUGGUGGUGUAGCGCUGUCGGUAAAAGGUUCCGCUGUGGCUGCAUGGCUGAUCGGAGAUUUUUUGCUCAUCUUAUAGCCAGUCUUACAGCUCUUUUCUAUAUGGAUUGGAUAAAGUAUCAAAUUUUAUGGAUUGGUCUGGGUGCUUUUGCUUAUGCACCGUACUUUACCGUGGUUCUUCUGAAUAUUGUCAUCACCUUCCAUCGCCUCGUAUAUACGGCAUUUCCGGUUGGAGCAAAUAAUUAUCUUAAGAAGUCUAUUUCGCAGGUGUUAUGCAUGGUUGUAUUCGAAAUUCUAUUUUUUAUCUACUGGGAAUUUUGGAGCAUGGAAGGAUAUGGUGCAUGGGACCUUGUUAUAGCUGAAACCACUAACCUGUUAUUUUUUGAUGCUCUUGUUGUUCCUUAUCUUAUACUUAAUCGAAUGAAUAUUGCUACCAAUCGAUAUCGAUUCAUUGUUCUUGCUAUUGGCGUAAUGUGUCUAACGAGUAUCUGUUCGAAUUAUAUUAUUAUAAAUUUUACAUUUAUUUGUAUGCGAGAGGACAUGUCAGACGUUGUAGAAAUUGGAAAUGGAACCAUCAAGAGUAUAUAUGAUUAUUCGCAAAGAGAAAAAAGCGCUAUCAUUUGGGCUGUGGCUGUUGGGACGAUCAUCGGGACAUUCCCUAUCAAUUAUUUUUAUAUCAAAUACGGAGCGAGGUAUCCAUUCUUAGUCGCAGGGAUUACGUCGACAAUUUCUACGCUUUUAAUCCCCACAGCUGCUCGAUUGGGGCUCGUUUCACUCCUCAUCGUUCGUUUUCUUCAGGGAUUGGCGUAUUCCGCAGAUUUUGCCGCUAUCGGCUUGGUAUGCGUUCGUUGGGCUCCGCUGUCUGAAACUGCAAUAUACAUAGCAUUUCUUACCUCAUUCACUCCAAUUUCUGCUAUUGUUACGAAUGCGGUGACUGGAUUGCUGUGCAGCUCGUCGCUUGGAUGGAAAUCAUCGUAUUAUUUGCACGGGGCAUUCGGUGCCAUUGCUUUUUCUCUUUGGUUCCUUUAUUAUACGGAUAAACCAGAAAUAUCCUCAAGAGUGUCCGAGAAGGAAUUGAAACAUAUUCAGAAAGGAAAAAGUGCAGAACAUAUUGAACACAAGAAAGAUGUACCUUACAAGGAUCUGCUCACAAGCCCAGCUAUUCUUUCCGUGUGGUUCAAUGCUUUCUGUGAGAUGUCCGCUAUGAUCCUUCUUUCCACGUAUUCACCGAUUUAUUUCCGUCACGUGUUCGGAUUCGAAAUCGACACCACCGGGCUGCUGGUCUCACUGACGACAGUCGCUCAACUGCCGUGCAAAGUCGUCGCCGGACUCGCUAGCGAUCGUAUAAAAUUCCUUUCGGAAACAACAAAAAUGAACAUUUUCAAUACAAUUUCAGUUGGUGUGGUUGGUGCAAUGUUCUGUUUUGUUGGGUUUAUUCCUCUUGAAUAUAAAUGGGUGGCUGUUUUUAUAUUCUCCCUUAUCCAUACACUUAGCAGUUGUAAUUGUGGUGGUUUCUACAAGUGUGGGACUUUCGUUGCAAGACAACAUGCUCAUGUCGUCAUAGCGACAAUUCAGUUUAUGAAAUGUGUGGCUUUGUUCACUGCUCCAGGAUUAGUGAAUGCUCUCGUCGAUGAUGAUUCGAACAAAAUGCAAUGGGCGCUGGUAUUUCUUUGUUGUGGAGUGAUUAUGAUCACGGCAAAUCUACUCUCGUUCCCCGUCUUCACAGAUCAACCAGCACCGUGGGCAACUUCCAAACCGAAACCCGUUGAAGAGAAUGCUGAGAUGCAUGAAAAAAAAUAA